AAUUUAGGCAUUGGAGGAGCUGUGGUUGUGACGAUCUACAAGAUGGGUUUUCCUGAAGCUGCCAGUUCUUUUAGAACUCAUCACAUUGAGGCUGUUCCAACCAGCUCUGCAGUUGAUGGAUUUAAGGCAAAUGUUGUCUUUAAGGAGAUUGAGAAGAAGCUUGAAGAGGAAGGGGAACAAUUUGUGAAGAAAAUUGGUGGUAUUUUUGCCUUCAAGGUGAAGGACGGCCCUGAGGGUAAAGAAGCCACCUGGGUGGUGGAUGUGAAGAAUGGCAAAGGAUCAGUGCUUCCUAACUCAGAUAAGAAGGCUGACUGCACAAUCACAAUGGCUGACUCGGACUUACUGGCGUUAAUGACUGGUAAAAUGAAUCCUCAGUCGGCCUUCUUUCAAGGCAAAUUGAAAAUUACUGGCAACAUGGGUCUGGCUAUGAAGUUACAAAAUCUUCAGCUUCAGCCAGGCAAAGCUAAGCUGUGAAGAACUCCCUUUGCCUACCUUUGAAAAUUAAGAUGAGAUAUAUAGAUAUAUAUCCAUAUAUUUCAUUGUCCGAACUUAUACGGAAACUACACAUUGACAAAUAGUGUGAGAUUUGUUUUUAAAUGGGUGUG